GGGUUUCCAACACCUGUGCCAGUAAGAAGUGUGUUCCUAAGACACCCUAAAUAUUGAAGCUCAUCCAAAUCUAAUUUCCUACAUUUUGCCUCAACCAAACAAAUUGUUAUUUCUUUCUAAGACACACUCACUCUCUCUCUCUAUUUCUCAAACACAUUCAUAGACCAAUACAAUCAUAAGGACGCGGGAUCGAUAAUGAUGGAGCUGUUUGAAACCAAUCCCUUUUUCUGUCACGAUCAGCGAUAUCUGGUUGGUGAGAGCAUGGUUUUCACACACUUGGAUGGAACUGCCGUAUCCCCCCUGUAUCCGGGAAGCGAGGACGGUCUGUCUCCCGUCGGAGAUGCUGGCCAACCCGAACCUAGCUGUGACAGCGGCGGCGAGGAGCACGUGUAUGCACCGCCGAGCCUGAAGUCUCACUGUCCCGGACAGUGCUUGAUCUGGGCAUGUAAAGCCUGCAAGAGGAAAUCAGCCACCACUGACAGAAGGAAGGCGGCGACUCUCAGAGAGAGGAGGAGGCUCAAGAAAAUCAACGAGGCUUUCGAGGCGUUAAAGCGCAGGACGGUGCCAAACCCUAAUCAAAGGCUUCCCAAAGUGGAGAUUCUCCGCAGCGCCAUUCACUACAUCGAGAAACUGCAGGAUCUGUUGCAAAGUCUUGACCAGCAAGAUAAGCUUCGGGAAAACGUGGAGUCGACCAACGCUUGCAUCGGCUCCCGUUCACAGGUGGACACUGACGGCCGGUGGGGAACAAACACCUGUCCUUCUGGAUGGGGAAACCUGUCUGAUCAUUCCAACAUCCUGACUAAACUCCACAAAGAAGGAAAUAACUCGGAAUCAUCAGGAACCAGCAGCCUUCGUUACCUGACCUCCAUAGUAGACAGUAUUUCAACGGACGAAUCGACUACACUAUACAACCACGACUUGAAUGCAAAAAACCGCAGGAGGAACUCCGCAGGUCGGGCAGCAUCUAUGGAAAGGAAUAAAGAAUGGACGUUUCGGCCGAGUCCAUUCGUCGGAACUGGAAAGGGAUGGGGAAGAAGCCAAAAUAAAAAAAGAUGGAUGCAUGGAGAAGGAGUACAAGCGAGAAGAAUGAACACAAAAAAAAAUCUGCGGAUACUGGAAAUCCAGAGCAACAAACAAAGAAUGUUGGAGGAACUCAGUAGGUCAGGCAGCAACUAUGGAAGGGGGAUAAACAGUCAAUGUUUUGGGCUGAAAUCCUUCAUUAGGACUGGAAAGUAAGGGACUGAUGAAAUUUCUUGGCCCAAAACAUAAAUUGUUUUUCCCCUCCAUAGAUGCUGCCUGACUUCCAGCAUUUUAUGCGUGUGGACCCCUUUCUGUAUGUAUUGCCUGACUUGCUUAGUGAUUGCUGAUUUUUUUUCUCUUUCUGUAUGGCUACUGUCUAAAGUGUCCUUGUGUUGCCCAAUGAAUUCUUGCAAGACUAUGGAGCAAGAUCAGAAAAUGCGACUGCACAGCACAGCUCCUUUCUGAAAGCAUUGUUACAGGUAGCCAAAUGGCUGUCCGUCACAUAAAUUUCCAUCUGAUUAUGGUUUCGUUAUUGGAUAGAAGAAACAGCAGAGAUUACCAACCACAACCAUAAAGUUUGCUAGGAGGAGAUCAUUUGGCCAACCAUGCCGAUAAGUCUUUGAAACGAACAGUGUUAUUAUUCCCACUUCUCUGUUUUUAUUUUCCCAUGGCCAAGAAAUUUCCUCCUCGAAGAAACUGUGUCAAAUUUCCUUCUGAAAAGUUUGAUGGACUCUACCCACUGCCCAUUGCACCGCUGACGUUUAAGGCAGCAAUAAAGGUCCUCCAUUUCUGGCUGUGUUAGGGGCUUCCUUCAUCAUGUCAGGAGCUCGGUUUUCACCACUGUCAGUCAUGAAAGUUCCGGGUGGAGACUCGGGAAUACCGUCAAACUCAGAGGUAGAAGGAUUCUUCAUUGUUGUUUCCGUAACAGUUUUGUUGCACCAGUCAGGAUUGUUAGCCCUGAGCUGAACCCUCAAACCUGGAGGACCGGUGGACCAUUUUUAGUCUAGCCUCUACCCUUUGACCUGUUUGGCAUGGGUGACCCUACCAAGAGCCAAAGUAUAAAGUUCAGACUCCAGCCAGCAUAGUUCUCCGGCCGGGUCAUUGAGACACGCAAGCCUCCAAACCACGAUAACGCUGUGGUUCUCUUGGAGGAUGUUUGAUUCUAAUUUCACAAAUUUUUUGGCAGGCUGAAACUUUUUUCUCACUUCUCCAUGCAAGUUUAUGCAUUAAUAUUGAUUUUUUUGGCGUAUCUGAUAUUAAAUUUAAAGAGCUCAAUCUCCCAAUGACAGAUCCAUCCGGAUUGAUCUGGAUAGCAAGCCAAUCGCCAGUAUCAUUCUGAAGUGUCCUGAAUACGCUUGGUCAAAAUAUUGAAACACAAUCCGACAAGUCCUAAUUCCCUUCAACCUUGCCUCUCUCUUUGACAAGGAUUAUCGUCUUUUGAAUACUUAAGUACUGAAAAAGUAGCUUUAAUCCACGAAUAAAUAUUUUCCUAAAAAGAAUGAUAAGUAACUCAUCUCACGAUAACUGUAAGAAUGCGCUGCCUGAACAAGUCGGUGAUUAAACGCUCCAGAAUUCACAUGACAAUAAUCCCGGACCCUGUUAAAAGUAGAGAACGUGCUGCUGACCAACAGCACAACAAUAUUUGCGGUAAAAAAAAGUUUAAAAAAAUAUAAAUCAGUGUUACUAUAAAAUAACGAGCUUGCAUAUUGUGGUUGAAGUAAGUAAACAAUUUUCACUAUAAUUUAUUAAUCGAAAUGAUACGAUUGAAAUUACAAAUAUGUGAGAUUUGCAAUUUUCUCGCAAGAUAUUUUGUCUCAACCGUGCGCCAAAAUCAGGUGAACAACGAGCAAUUAUCACAAGAUUAAUCCACCACAUUUCCCGGUUCUUGUAUGUAUUAAACCAGAGCUGGAUUGGAUAUGGGUGCUGUCCUCGGAUUCCGCCUUUGGUUCAAGUUUGCGUCGCGAAACAGCGGUCCUAACAUUCCUGGUGUUCCAGGGGAGUAGUUAACCUUUGAACCUUUCAAUUACCUCCAGUCACACCGAACUUCCGGCCUUCAGAGGCCAAUAUGACCAAUUCAUUUGAAAGAAACUUUUACCAAUCAGACACAUCAGUACAGGUGGGGACUGAGUUAAACUGUUGUUGGAUUUGAAAUAUAGAUUUCAGAUUUUAAAUUAUUACAAUUGAAAUGGGUGGCAAAAUAGUUGUGCACUAGUGGAAUUGAAGAGUAAGAAAAUUAUUAAAUCCAGAUGUUCUCCGCGGCAAGUUUCAGCAAAAUUAACGCACUCCUUCCUGCGUUACAUACAGCUACUUCACUGACUGAUUAGAAACAAAACGCUUCUCUAGAUUAAAUCAGAAAACAGUUCGUUUACAUUUCACCAUCUUGAACUGAGUGUGUCCAUUCUAUUUUAUGCUGCUGGCUUGGUAGAGUCGAAUUAGAAACCUUGACAUUUAUUCAAGGGCGCUGUGACAAUUAUAUGUAGUGUUACUAAAUUCAGACAGUCAUAUACCUUUUCCUUCUACAGAUCUGAUCCAAUACUGUCUUGGCAGUAGAGAUUUGGUAUAUGGGUAAAUCAGAAAUGCCAUCCAUAUAUCAUCAUUUGAUUUGUUACUCUUGGUGGGGCGGGGGGGAUCCAAAAUACUCGGGUUCAGAUUUGGAUUCUGAUUCUGAUAUUGAAUCAUUUAUCACGUGUAUAUCGAAACUUUCAGUGAAAUGUGUUCUUUGUGUUAACAACCAACACACUCAAGGAUGUGCUGGAGGCAGUCCGCAAGUGUUGCCACACGUUCCAGUGCCAACAUAACAUGCCCACAUUGUUGCCCCACAUUCUGGUGCCAACAUAACACGCCCAGAUUGUUGCCCCACAUUCUGGCGCCAACAUAACAUGCCCACAUUGUUGCCCCACAUUCCAGUGCCAACAUAUACCCACAUUGUUGCCCCACGUUCCAGUGCCAACAUAACGUGCCCACGUUGUUGCCCCACAUUCCAGUGCCAACAUAACAUGCCCACGUUGUUCAGCACAACCCAAGACAGAACACAAUCAGCAACAUCGGAACAAAACAGUACAAGAAGACGCUUUCGCACUCUUCCACCCCUCACACACCCUGGACGGAGUUAUUCGGAGCCCCCAAUCCUUGGCCUAGGACUCUCCAACUCGCAAACAUUGGGCCUCCAACCUCCAAUCUCUGGUUCAGACUCCUAGACUUGUAGAUAUCAAACGUAGAAGGACAUAAUACUGGACUGGCAAGUAUAACCCAGAAAAGUAAUGAUGAACAUAACGUCCUUUUUAAGCCAGGGUAGAUAACAAAUACAAAAGUUUGAAUAAGUGGUUCCAACAUUAUAACUUAACAUACAUGAGGUGUUUUAUCAUGCAACACUGAAACUUGAAAAUACCAGGACAAUUGAUGAAAGAAAUUCAAAUUGAUUUCGUGGGAGAAGGCAGGGAAUUACGUGUGUUUUUCCAGAGGGCGGUUCGCAUAUGGUAGUGUACCCGAGGGGAUCCUUUCAACAUUAUCAAAAACUUGAAAAUUAGAAAUGGACAGGGCAGUCAGCAAGAUGAUAUUAGACAUGAAAAAAAAAUGCAGAUUUAUUUACUGCAUUCAUUUAUUGAGAUACCGCUCGGAAUAGAUCCUUCCGGCCCUCCAAGUCGCACCGCCCGGCAAUCUCCUAAUUUAACCCCCUCCUAAUCACGGGACAAUUUACAAUGACCAACUAACCUACCAAGCGGUGUAUCUCUGGACUGUGGUUGGAAACCGGAGCAUUUGGGGGAAGCCCAUGCGGUCACGGGGAGAAGGUACAAACUCAUUUUCAGGUUUAUUAUCACUGUUUUAAAUAAUGCAAAACGUGUUGUUUUGU